CGGAGGCACAAAACGGAGGCGGACGGCUCCGCGACUUCAGCUGCUUCCGAACACACCUCACGUCGGCAAAAAAGGAAACUGAGGUGUCGGGGUUACUCACGGCGCGGAGCAGAGCCCUCUCCGAACACAGUGGUAAAAGGACGAAACCGAGGGCUUAAAGAAGCACAACGAUGACAAACAGUAAAACCACAGCUGUCUCUUAGCAGAGCUGUUCUUCCCCUUCCAGGUGGGCUUCACUUCAGGUGGCUGGGUGGCUGUCACAGGGGCUGCGAGAGAGUGGAGAAAAUGUUGGUCGCGAAGAAAACCCUCUUGAAGAGGAUCCCCCCUCAUUUCAGACCUGUCGUCUACUGCAGCCACAGGUCCCAGGGAACCUAAUUGUCCCCCCUUUUAAACUUUGUGGUGGGAUGCCCGUUCCCCUUGGCCACUAGAUGGCGUCCGCGUGCAGCCUCUGUUCCUCCCCAGCCCCCACUUUCUUCGUUCAGCAGGACCACCUGCAAGGCUGCGGUUCUUCCUACCCGCUCUACAAGGUGGCUUCCUCUGAGAUGAGGCCGGGGUCCAAAGGGAAGACCAAAGGACAUGGCGUUAUAACCAAUUCAAGUCCUUCAUGAGCCAAUGAGCACACUGACACUCAGAGACGUUGAGCAGCUAGCCCAAGAUCACAGAGCUGGCAACACAUCGAGCAGAGAUUCAAACACAGAUGCCAUCAAAACUGCAGUCACGCAGGCUCCGCAACGCCUUGAGCCCUGGCGUCCCCACCCCAGUGUGUGUCUUUGUGUCUACACGGCCUGGGUCUGACCUGCAGCAUGAGAGGAGGAUUUCAAAAGCACUUCUGUGGAGAAACGGAGGGACUCACGCACCAAGAGAGAAGCCCGCAGAGCCAGCAGCCCCUCAGCAUCUGUGGCUUUGACCCCCCUGUUGGUCCCUGGCGUGAUCUAAUGUGUGUCUUUGCCAUGCCAGGGCUUUCAGAGGUAGGCGCUGGAGAGCAGGAACUUCGCUUGUGGGUGCGCCCAGCUGGCUGCCCAGCACCCACCUCCUGGUACAGAGUUACUCGGCCAGGGGGGGUAUUUUUGGUUCGGUUUUGUUUUCAACUGCUGCGUGGCAGAUGUGAAAAGAUCUGAGAAGGCCCUAGUUCCGUGGUGAGGCACAGCAAAUUCUGGGAAGACCCAGCUGGGUUAAAAUGGUGAAUUUUACGUGGCGUCUAUUUCACCAGCCUUCAAAACAAAGUACUGCAAGUGCGAUAGUCUGAACUCAGAUCCUGGGGCAGGAAACACGUGACUCGGGAGAGGAGUCAGCCUGCACUCACCCAAUAGCUCGCAGCCCCGGGAACCAGCAGCAGUUGGAAGCUGGACCCCGGCCACCCUCCUGCUCCAUCACAGCCGCACUCCUUCACAGGUGACAGGCGGUCCUCGGCUCUUUCCUGCCAGCCCUUGGGUGCCACUCAAGAUGUCCCCUUUUGAUUCCUGGGGACUGUUCAUGGCCUUUCUCGCCCUGCUCUGCUGCCCAGGGUCUGGCAAGGAGGCGUUCGAGAAACCCCCGUGGACGGAGCAGCUGGCGGUGGAGUCUGGAAGGUCCCAGUUGAUUAACUGUAGUGCCAGCUGUACUCAGCCUAAGAAAGGUGGUCUGGAGACCACCGUCUCCAAGAAGCUCCUGAAUGAGGGGGCUCAGUGGAAGCUGUAUGAGGUCAAUGUCUCCCAGGACACCACCCUCCUUUGCUAUUUCACCUGCCCCGACAGGCAGGAGAUCAAGAGAUUCAACAUCAGCGUGUUCUACCCUCCAAAGCAAGUGCUGCUGACGCUGCAGCCCACUUUUGUGACCGUAGGGACAUGGUUCACCAUCGAGUGCCGGGUGCCCUCUGUGGCCCCCUUCGAAGCCCUCACCAUCACCCUGCUCCGUGGCAGUGAGAUUUUGUACAAUGAGACUCUAAGAGGGACCACGCUGUCCCCCCAGGAGGCUAUAGUGACCCACAACACCACAGCCCUCAGGAAAGAUGGGCACCACAACUUCACCUGCCAGGCCAAGAUGGAUCUGCAGUCUCGCGGCGGGAACCUCAUUCACAGAGUCUCAGAUCCCCAGGUGCUUGAGGUCUCUGAACCCUUUCAAGGCAACCAGAUGACCAUCAUCAUCGCGGUCGUGUCCGUGCUGCUCGUCUUGUUUGUGGCACCCAUCCUGCUCUGCUUUGUCUUGGGCGAGCAGUGGCGCCAGAGGCGGACAGGUUCCUACAUGGUGCAAGCCGUUCAGAGGAGGCUGAGGUGGUGCUACCAGGCACAGCUUGCAUGAGCAGAAGUGGCCACCACCACCGGCCACUGGAACUCAGCGUGGCUCCUUAGCGUUGUGGUCCAGCCCUGGCUGAAGGACUGUACCAAGCAGCAGCAAACUCUGGGGCCAUUUCCUUUACUAGUCUGAAUAGAAACACCUGGACUUAACCCGGUGCCUCCGUGUCUCCCCCAGGAAUGGCCAGGAAGCAGGGCCGCCAAGCCUGGCUGGACUUCUCUCUCCCAAUGUCCCCUCAGCCUGCCUCCGCCCUCUCCCUCACAGGGCCUUCCUAGGAGCCCAGGCCCUGGGGCGGCCCCCUGCUGACCCGCCCAGGCACCACACACCCACCUUCAAAGGGCGCUGAGUUACGCCAUCCCUGGAGGGAGGCCUGGGAGAGGCGCCCUGGCCCAGAGGGACAGAGAGACGUCUGUCCCCGCAUGGCCCUCCAGCACCACAGGCCCUCCUGGCAGGGCAGGUCAUGCUCUGACUUCUCCAGUGAGCCAGCUUCCAGGCCUGCGCCUGGGAGCCCCAAGGGCCCAGCUCCAGGCCCCUCCCAGCCAGGCCUCCCUCCCAUCACCAUCCGCAAGAGCAGUCCUGCCUCUUACCUCCCGCUCCAUUACAGGGCGGGCUGCACGGAGACCUGGCAGCCCUGGCUGUCCUGGAGCGGGGAGGGGAGGAUGCGGAGGGAGGGCUCUGGUUCCCAGGCCUCCGCCGCCCAGGCAUCAAACAUGGGGCAGGAUCGGGCAUUCAGGUGGCUUCCAGGGGCCUGAGCAGUGUCCUGAGGGGCUCUCACCCCAGAGCAGAGUGGGUUCGAGGUCUCCAUGGGGUGGGGGAAAGGAGACUGAUUCACCCUGGGGAGACGGCUUGUCUGGGGGUGAGUGGGAAAAGAAGGGUUGCCAGGCGUAGGUCCAGGGUUGGCAGGCUCUAGAGGGACACGCAGGGGUUCUGAGGCUGUUUCCAAGCCAGUGGUGAACCCAGGCCAGCAUCUGUCCUCACUGUAGGCUCUCGGCAUCGUAGUAGUCUAGGGGAGACAGCACCCUCGUCUUGAUGACCUCCUGUCUCAGGGAACCCCAAGGAGGGAAAAGGAGCAGGCCAGUUGCCUGCAGUGGUGACAGAGACACCCCCACCCUGGGCUCAGGAUCCUCCUGGACUUCUCAGCCACCCCCAGGCCCGGGCCCUGCUGCCCACCCACCCAGUCCCUACCUGAAGCUGGGGGUACCUCGGCACCCACAGUCCCUGUGGCACUGGGGGGCGGGGGUGGGGGCACGGCUCUCCUAGAGGGGGAGAGACACAAAGACCCCCAUCAGAGGCCCCCAGUGGCCUCUGGAAUUUCUCUGCAGUGGUGACAGAGACGCCCCCACCCCACCCUGGCCCCUGGCCAGCUCUUCCAGCCCAGCCCCAGAGCAGGGCCUUGGCAGCACCCAGACCCCCAGCCUUACUUACGGCCCCCUUUUCUCAGAGGCAGGAGGGCGGUGCUGAAUCCUGGAUGCGUCCUGCGAGUGGGGCUGAUGGAGGGGAGGGGAGAGGAGGGGGGCUGGCCAGGGCUGCAGGGCGCCCAGGACGGGCGUGGGCCAGGGCAGGUAGUGGUGGUGGACCACCAAAGGCCCCUCCUCCUGCAUGUCCGCCGCCUCCUCCUCCUCACUCGCUCGUUGACCCUCCAGGUAGACCUGAGGAUUGUGCAGAAGGGGAGGGCGGAUGAGACAGGAUCCAGCUCUCCCUGCCCCCACUCUGUUUCUCGAAAUUCUCGAUUUUGAGACAUUCUCAAAAUGUCUCCAUAUGUCUCCAGAUACACGGCACAAAAGGGCUAUUGUUUAUUGAGCAUUGAGCACAGGCAAGCAAACAAGGCAAUUUGGGAACAUUUAUUCCUUAUUUUAUAGAUGGGAAAACUGAGGCUCAGAGGUUAAGCAACUUUUCGAAGGUCACCCCGCUAAUAAGUGGCCAAGCAGGGACUGGAGGAAUCCAGGUGUGACUCCAGAGCUGGGGCCGGAGCCCGGCAAGCUGCCCCUGGCCUCACCCUGUUACGGAUUUAGGCUCCUUGGACUCUUUAAUUGAUAGAAAUUGAUAAGAAGCCAAGUCAAGGAGUUCGGGCUGGUAAUUCACCGGGACUUGGACUGCAGCACAGGGAGCGAGCAUGAGAAACAGGCGCCCUUGCCCCCAAGGAGAGGGGGCUGGUUCCUUACUUUGGGAGAGGGUAGGAGCUGAUGGGGCUUGGGCUGGAGGGAUGGUUUAGGUGGCCUGCCCACCCUCUUGGUGGUGCCAUGUGCAGGGAUCAUGCGCAGUACCCUGCUUUAGCUCUCUGCACCUCAGAGCUGGCAGUUGAUUUGUGGCUUUUUUGUAUCUUGUUCAUAAUUGUCCCAAAUGUAAAUGUGUGCUGUUACUUUUCA